AUGGCUGUUCUUGAUUUCGAGAAAGAGGUCGUUGACACACCGUCAACGAAUAAAUUCAACACGAAGUAUAUCCCGCAAGAGGUCUUAGGUACUGGUGCGAGUAGUACGGUGCGUCGGUGCAUCUCAAAAGAAACGAAGGAAGAAUUUGCCGUCAAAAUUUUGGAUCUAAAUAGCGGCGUAGAAACCAACGAAGUUCUACGCGCAGAGUGUAUGCGUGAAGUUUCCAUCCUGCGCAAGGUUGCUGGUCACCCAAAUAUAAUAAGACUUGAGGAUGUUUUCGAAGAGGAUGCUUACGUUUUUCUAGUUUUUGAGCUCUGUAAGGGUGGGGAGCUUUUUGAUUACCUCACAAAGAUGAUCAUCCUUUCAGAGAAACGAACCCGUAUGAUCAUGCGGCAAAUGCUAGAUGCUGUUAGUUUCAUACACUCAAAAGGAAUUGUACAUCGUGAUCUCAAGCCGGAAAAUAUUUUGAUGGAUGCUGAAAUGAACAUCAAAAUCUCUGAUUUUGGCUUAGCUGUUUACUCUACUGACAUGGAUGAACUGCAAGAAACUCGUGGAACGCCAGGCUAUCUUGCUCCUGAAGUUCUCCGUUGUGGUUACUACGAUGGUCAAGCUCCCUAUGGGCAGCCUGUUGAUGUUUGGGCCUGUGGAGUUAUUAUGUACACACUUCUUGUUGGAUUUCCGCCGUUUUGGAAUAGAAAAGAGUAUCUUAUGCUUCGACAGAUCAUGCAGGGCAAAUACUCCUUUCGCAGUCCCGAGUGGGAUGAAAUCAGUGACACAGCCAAAGAUCUUAUCCGUUCGAUGCUGAUUGUUGAUUCCGCAGCACGGAUCAAGCCAGCUGAUGCUCUCUCCCACGAGUUUUUCAAACAGACAAUCUCUGCCCCCAUUACCACCAAAUUCCACGGCAGGCGGAAGUUCAAGUCGGCCUAUCGUGCACUUCUCUUCAUCCGCAUAUUGAAGGAUUUGAAGGCCUGUGGAACCACUCUCUCACUCCAUAAACUCACCACUGACCCCUACUCGAACAAGCGUCUCCGAAAACUCAUUGACGCACUGGCUUUCGAUGUCUACAGCCACUGGAUCAAACGGGGCGAUGAGCAGAACCGGGCGGCAUUGUAUGAGAAUAAACCGCACUGUGAACAGGUUCAGAUGACCCUCACAACACCUCUCCAACUGCAUCCAGAUUUUUUGGAGCCCGCGGAAUUCAGAGAUGACACUUUUUACGAGCCUUCCGCCGGGGCUGGUUCGUCUGCGCGCAAGUACUACGAACCCUCGGUUGUAGACAGCAUCGACGUCGUUGUGGGUCUGUCCAGCCAGUGGCGAACGAGUUCCCUUCUAGUCGUGAACAGUGCAUACUGA